GCAAGACCGAAUAAUAUAAACACUACGUUCUUAUUAGCGUGAUUGUUUUUCACAUAUUGACGUACUUAUAUACUGUAAGCAACAUAUAAUCGUAUAUUCUAUAAUGGAUAUACAAUAUAAUCCGAAACCUCUUAUUGCCGUGGAUUAUCCGGGAACUGUUUUGAAUGUUGAUGAAAUGUCCAGAACUUUAGGAGGGAAGCAACAAAUGUUCAAAGCAUUUAAAAAUCCAUCUAAACGCUUAGAGUUGAAAUUUCGACCGAGUGAUCCAUUUUGUAAAUGUGUUCAUGGUGAUCGAUUUAAUACCACUAAUAUUGUAAUGAGAGUAACUAAAAGAACCAAGCGAAAAUCAAAAACGGGCGAAUUACCACUUGAACCUGAAGUUCAAUAUAAAAUAGAAUUUCUAGGUGUUGCAUCUACCACUUACAAAUUCAAAUCGUUGGCAGAUUUUCAGAUUCUUCCUGUGACUUUUGAUAAAGAUGAAAAGAAAUACAAAUCUUUGCUGCCUAAACUGGUGCCAACUACUUUGCAUCCAGCAUCAUGGCUGGAAGAAGAAAUGGAACUUUUCGUACCUCCUAUUCUUUUUUCUCGAUUUGAUUUUCCUCAGUCUACAUAUUCAGAAACCCAAACCAAGGCAAAGGUUCAAGAAGCAAAUCGACAUUUACCUCCAAACAUAAUAGGAAGAGGAAGGAAAAGAAGAGCCGGUCAUGCAGUAUUUGCAACGUUUGAAGAAAGGAAGGUGUUGGAUAAACCUAAGCCAGAAGCUGUAACUCAAUUAAAAACUUAUCCUCUAGAUGUUGAGGUGAAAAAGAAAGUGGAUGUAUUAUUUCAAGAAAGACCAGUAUGGAGUAAAAAUGCCCUUCAGCUUCGAUUGAAAUGUGAAAAAAGUAGAUUAAAAUAUCCACUUCCUUGCUCUGCUUAUUAUUUUACAAAUGGACCAUGGAGGACACUUUGGGUUAGAUUUGGCUAUGAUCCACGGAAAGAUCCUGCUUCGAAAUUGUUACAGGUAUUGGAUUUGCGCAUAAAUCCAAGCAUCCCUAUUAAUGAAAAAGGCUACAGACCACGCUCAUCAUAUUACAGUUUGCCUAAUAAGAAUGCACUCAAUCACACACGUGUGGCUACCAUUAAAACUUUAGAUUUGUUGCCUACAUGCAAAGAUGAUGAUAUUAUGGAUGAUAAGGACAUGGAAACUAGAUUAUUAACAUGUGAAUAUAUACCUGGUCAACUGCCUACUGCUCGGCAAUGUUUUUAUCAGCUCUGUGACAUACAUUUGGAACCUGUUCAAAAACUCAUCCAUCAGAAUGACGGGCAAGAAGAAUUUUGUCAUGAAAAAGAUGGUUGGUGUUUACCAGGGACAAUAGAGAAGUGCAGAGAUCUUAUUAUGAUGGAUAUACAAAAAACUGUGCAGGAUUUAAAAGAAAACGAAGUUCAGUGAUAAUCUCUCAUAUUAAAUCACUCGGAAGACAAUACUUAUAUUAGCUUCUUCUGUCAAUUUAAUUUUUUUGAAAAAUUCAUGAAUGGAUAAAUACUAUGGUGUUACAAAAGUACUAUAGUGUUUGGAUUUGAUGAAAGAGAGCAGGAAAUGAUUCAUCACUAGGCAGUAAAAUUCUGUUCCUUCAACUUCUUGUGUUGAAUAAGUUUAAUUACUUAUAAUCUUUUUUUUUCUGUAUUUUUUCUCUACAAUCUGUAAUUUGCAUUGUUUUAAUCAUUUGCAUUUCUCUUUGGUAUUUAAUUAGGUUUUUUUUUAAUAUUUAUAUUCUGCAUGAUAAGAGAAAGGAUUGUUUUUUUUUUUUUUUUUUAAUAUUGUAAUAUUGCUUCACUUGUAUAUAGUAUUUGUUUAUCAAUCUAUGUAUAUAUGCUAUCAUUUAAAAUAAUGUGUAUUUGUGUAAAUGUAAAAAUAUUGUAUGUUUUGAUGAUGAAUAAUG